UGUUGAGCAGUGAUAUAUAAUAUUUUGAAAGGAGGAAAAAAAUUAAAGUCUUGAAAUUCGGGAAUGAAAAUAUAGCUAAUACAAGCAUAAAUUAAUUUUUAAAGCCAAAAGUAGAUCAUUUUAGGAAUUAUAAAAAUCAUGAAGGCAUUUCAUUGAUGAAGAUGCAAUCUUCCAAGUGAUUAUGCGCAAUUCACGGAAUGAGAAAGAAAUUUUAUAGACAGUACUGUCAUCUGCUUGACUUCCUUUGCGUCAGGUAUGUGAAAAUCUGCACGAGGUUUGAGUUUCGGCUAAGAGUGAAGUUUCUUUUCUUUAUUACCGUCUUCUAACAUCAAACGAUAUGGAGAAUAGUGGAGCGUUCUCAGAGAAGAAAAGCAGCUUUUUUGAUGCUGAUUCUUAUGUGAACACACCUGAUAUUGAAUUAGCAUGGGUUGGCAAGGCUGCUGAGCACAUGGAAAUACAUUAUAAUCUCAUCACAUCAGUUCCGCCUAGGUCGCUGAAAUUAACUCCACAUGAUGAUAAGAUAUAUAAUGCAUUUAUUGCACAGUUUCCUAAUUUCAAGUUGGACGUUUUAGAAAUAGACAGUUUGAAAAGUGAAGAAAGUAAAGAGAAAUGGCGAAAAUUUUGCGAAGAUUUUCGUGACACUGUUGAAGACGCUACAUUUGGCACUUUAGUACGCAUUGAUAGCUCAAAAGACUAUAGUGAAGAGAAUACCAUACUAGUGUUACGUGUUCAAUUUCUAGCAAUAGAAAUUGCUAGAAACAGGCUUGGACUAAAUGAUGGACUAAAGAAAUUAUAACAUGUAAAAAUGUACUGUAAAUAAAACUUUUAUACUUUCAAGCAAA